CUGUGUCUUCACUGAGCGCUCUCUGGAGAAACGACUUCGAAGUUCCGCUGGAGAUUUCGAUUUCCUGCUUUAGUACGACGCUUGGAUUUUCCUACCAGAUCAGCCAAUGGCUACCAAAAUGAUGUUUACCGUGUUUGCGAGCAUCUUCGUCGUGUUCGCUCUCACGGUGGUGGUCGUAUCGGGAGAGGAGGACGUGCAUGUGAGCUGUAACGCAAACGAGAACGGUGCCUCCAAAAUGGACGCCAGCAUUCUCGUCGAUAUCACCCGUGUUCUCACUAACGAAGUUCUUCCUGACGCUUAUCUCUGUGGUCCUCGACUUGCUGGCCCUAUGAACUGUGCUGAGAUUUACAGUCGAGGCACCGCUCAGAUCAGGGUGUGCUCUAGGGGACAUCAUCUCCCCUGCAACGAAGCCGGGGAAUACCUGAAUCGAGUUCUGGCCCAAUGUGUUACCGAGGGUGCCAAUGGCCAAGAUGUCGUCGAAGGUGAAGUGACCAUCGACAGGAAUGAUUGGCUCAAGGAAAUCACUUAUUAUAUCGAGAGGAAAUCCUGUCCUUCUAGCGGGGCGUUCUCUUCGUGAAUUUGAGAGCUUUGUCCCUACCGGGUUAACUCCUUCUACACUUGUCAUAAAACGAGACUUCGUUUCCAAAGGUCAUUUGUAGAUUAUGUCAACCGAUGGCUUGGUAUUCUGCUCAGCCGACUGGAAUAGUAUAGACCGGUCCAUAGUGUCUCGGCUAGAAAAGCAUCCGAACUCGGGUUCGCCUUGCAUAUCUAGUAGUAAGAGAUGUUCUUCAGCUGUGUUGUGUUCUCAGGACGAGGCUUCUCCCGCCAUCAUUGUAUGUUUACAAACUUUAUAAAAUA